AUGCAAAGUUUCCUAUUCUUGUUCUUACUAUUCCUAAUAUCAUCUUUACUACUAAUAAGUAAAACACGAAUAACCGCACAAGCAUACAACAUCUACAAUUUCACCGAAACUGAACCGGGUUUAACACAACAAAAUGCCCAACACUUUGACGAUUUAUCACUUUUUCUAUGGCUGACCAAGCAAAAUCAAAACAACACCUGUUUUGAGCCACGACUAUAUUUCCGAAUAAUUCGUCCAGACUUUAGUGUCAUACGAAUAGAUUUCGAUUUGUCUCCGCAAAUGUUAAAAUUGACGUGUAACAACGGGAGCAUGACUAAUAAGGUUUUUGGCCGCGUUAUGAAGGCACCGUAUUUUCUGGUGUCGUAUGUUAAUGUAACGAAUAAAGUUGGUACGGAUAAUGAGUAUGAUUAUUAUCGUGUUGGAUUAUUAAUUGAUUGGGAGGGAAAUAUCAGUGAUUCCUUUCAAAUGACUCCAAUACAAGAUUUUUCAAGUGCGGGGAUAUUAGUUAAUAGUCUUAAACCUGAUAAUGGAUACUUUUGGUUAUAUGCCUCCUCAAUCAAUAAUACACUUGCGUGGAGAAAGUAUAGCACAGUCCAUAGAAAUGGGACAAUCACAGAAUUAUCAAGUGGUAAUUUCUCAAUCGCAGCAAGCUCGGCGAUUCCAUUUGCGAUGCUAGACGGGGGCUACGGCCUAGCAUAUACAACACACAAGCUAUCUGAAACACAAUCAAAUAACUCUAAUAUUUCUAACAUUUUAUUUUCGAAUUGGGGAGCCUAUGUAACGUUCUUACGACCGGAUGCUGACGAAUUCAUGCCAUCCUUUAUCUUAUACGAGACAGCAGCGCAACUAAGUGAAUUUGUCAUUUACUCUUGCAACGCGCCAUAUGACGCCGACGGAUACAAGUGUUUGCUGAGAAUAGAAGCAAAGAUUGGCAAUAACACGCAAAUUCUGUUUAAGCAAGUGUGGUUUUUGACUAGUGGAUCAGUGUUUAACAUUGAAGAUAUACCGUUGGCGAAAUCCAACUAUGAAGUUGACGAUAUUUGGGCUCUGUUUUAUGGUGGAUUUUUGAUGACCUUUUAUAAUAAGAAGGGAACAGAUAAUAGCAGUGUUACUGGGCUUAUUUAUGAUUCAAUGGGGAAUCCUAAUGGAGCAUGGGAUAUUCCGGACAAUGUACGUGUGUCGGAUGUUUAUGAUAUAUUGCCGAAUAAUAGUUUAUGGGGUGUUUCUACAGUUACUGAUACAAGCAUUAGUAUUGUGACCGUUGAUCUGAAGAGAUUUAACUCUGAUAACGGAUACGGAAACCCUAAAAUACUCAGUACAAACCCAGGAAUCAACGUUACUGUCCCCGAUACCCUAAAAAAUAUUACUUUGACAUUCAUAAAACCUAUUGCACUAUCGUCCGGAAAUAUCUCAAUCUAUCAAACAGGCAUAAACGGGGAUGAUUUAUUACGUCAAACAUUUUACGGAUUAAGUGAUUUGGUGACAACGACCGAUGACGCAUAUAGUGUCUCCAUUCAAAUUUUUCCGAGUACGUUUAAUCAGCCGGGUGCUAGCUAUUAUGUGUUGAUGGAUAAUGAUUUCGUGAAAGAUAGGCUACUGGAUGAGCCGAUUCGUGGGAUUGAGAAGAAUGGGUAUCAGUUACAUAGUGAAGGAACAACCUGUCGACUUCGAUUAACUCCCGAAGGCUCUGACUACUUUAAAAGUUUAUCAGAUAAUGACAAACAUUCACUAUUUACUGCAAUUGUCAAUGAAUUAACCAAAAUCACACCUAUUGAAGCCGGUCGUCUUAGCACCUCAAAACGCUGGCAGCAAGAUGCUAAAACACAACAAGUGGUCAUGGAAUUUAAAGUUGAAGAAUCCCAAAGUUCAAGGAUUAAUACCGAGCGUAUAAUUACGGAUAUUGAUUAUUUGGUGCGGUCUAAAGCUUAUACGCCGGUAUCAUUAUCAAAUUCUACUUACAUGCUUGAUGAAACUUAUGGAUUUAUGCGCACAGUGGAUUUAUGGGAGAAGUACAAGUAUAAACUAUUCUAUCUGGGCGGUAUAAUAACAAUUAUUACCGCGAUAUUUUUGUUUGCUUAUUUACGAUAUCCAGAGGGAAAUAAUUCGAUUGUUUUUCAGCUCGCAUUGAUUUCAGUGGAUUUCACCCUUGAUAUUCUUUUUAUUGUAAACAACGGGCAUGAUGUUUCAAUUCUAUUUUAUCCAAGUAUCUCCAUCCUUUGCUUCUCAGUAGCAUUCAAUGGAAUCUUAGCAUUUUUGAUAAUUCUCCGAGAAAUUGCGCGAAACGAAGAAUUUUCAAAAUGGUUUAAUUCAAACGUCCGUAUUACCACAAUUUUCACCAUCAUUAGUGGUGCCGAUGUCGAUUCACUAAGAAUACUCGGCUCACGAUUCGCAGGACUAAAGAUUUUUAGUGCCCCGUUUUCGAUAAAAGCUACUGGAUGGAUUUUUUGGGGAAGUUUUGUCACAUUGUUUAUUGAAGAUAUUCCACAGUUCGCCAUACAAGUCUUAUACAGAAAAUAUACAAUCUUUUACGACAUCAUCCCCUUUCUGACUUUAGUAACCUCAUCAAUAAUACUUGUCAACAACCUCAUAUUUCGAUCAUACCGCGCAUUCAAUUAUUGCCAUAAUCGCGACAGGAAAUACACACCAACCUCACAAAAUCUUAACGAAGAAGAUAAGUCCGAAAUUUAUGAUGCGCCAAUAGCUUUUGCAGCAGCAGGUAAAAAAUCUUUUCAUAUUGGAGCAGCAUUUAGACUUUGUUUCGGAUCGCCAAAAGCAACAAAUACUCGUGAGUUUGAGGCCCGUGAGUUUGAUGCUCGUGAAUUUGAUACUGAAGUCAUAUUAGACUAG